GGUACAAGCCUCGGAACCUUAGAAUGUGGGGAGGGAUUCCGGGAGCCCGGAAGAGCCCCAGAACCCUGUGGGCGUCUCCUGGAAACAGGCACGCGUUUGGACCUGGCGGCCAUGGCCCCCGUGGGGGCCGAGGAGCCGAGCAUGUCGCGGGCCGUGGUCCGCAGCGUGGGGGGUUUCGCCCUGGGCUUGUCCUUGGCCACGGCCUAUGGGCUCCUGGAGCUGCUGGUGGAAGAACACAGCCCCUGGGCCUGCCUCGUGGGCACCCUCACUCUGGCCGCCUUCCUCGGCCUGGGCAUGGGCUUCUCCCGCCAGGUCCGGGUCACCGUCCUCCUGCUGCUGCCCCAGGCCUUCUCCAAGCAGGGCCGGGCCCUGUUGGUGGUGGCUGCCUUUGGGCUGGUGCUUCAAGGGCCUUGUGCCAACACCCUGCACAACUUCACUCAGGCCAGCAAGGCCGUGGCCUGCGGGGCAGAGCUGGCCCUGAACCAGACCGCCGAAGCGCUGGAGCGGGCCAAGCGGCCCCUCGUCAGUGCCCUGAACAAGAUCAAGGCCAUCGCCCAGAAGGCCAAAGAGGUGGCUGACCGGGUUCGCAAGUUCUUUCGGUCGAUCAUGGACGGCGUGAAGCACAUAGCCAGGGCACUGCGGAACGUGUGGUACUGGCUCCUUCACAUCGGGGACGUGUGCAACGCCGAGCUGGGCAACCCUUACGUGAAGUGCGCGCGGGUCUUCGACGGCGCCAAGGACAGCUGCAUGAGGACCGUACCGCGAGCCUAUCACCUGUGUUUCGUGCUCACGCCCUUCAAGCUUGUGCUGUGCGGACUGGCCAGCGUGGUCCAGGUGUUUUGUAUCAUCCCCGAGUACAUCCAGCCCUUCUUGCGCAAGACCAUCGGCCCCCCUGUGAGGCGCUUGAUUAACCGGGUGCGUCAGGAGUUCGAGUUCAACGUCACGGCCACCCACCACUUCUCUGUGGAUCUCAACGCCUCCCGGAGCCUGUCCCAGGUGGCCCUGGACCUGCAGGAAGCCGUCGGCGGGAAGCUGCACCGCGUCCGAGAGGCCCUGGCCCUGAUGGGCUACACCACACCCCUGCUGCUCGCGCUGCUGUACCUCCAAGCCCUGUGUUACCGGUACCGUUACCUGAACUGGCUCGGUUUCGACAACAUCUACAUCACCGGCCGAUUUCUGCUCAUGGAAGACGUCCGCUCCAGGGCGGGCCUGCCCACGGUGCUGCCGCUCAGCGCCCACGAGGCCCGACACUACAUCCAGCCCGGUUCCGUCUUCCUGUCCCGGUGGGAGCGGGUGUUCUACAUCCUGGCAGUCUUCGACCUGGCCCGGUACCUCCUCCUCGUGCUCCUCCUGGUGUUCCUGGACUUCGCCGUCUUCUGGGUGCUGGACCUGGCUCGGCACCAGCUGCAGGGGGAGAUCGUGGCCCGCAGCCCCGUGGCAGUGUCCAUAACCGUGGAGGGUCCCGGCUACGCCGGGAAGAUCUAUCGUGACCUGGUGUCAGCGUUUGACGUCCUGCAGCAGAGCAACAUCAGCGUCUUGUCCCCGCGCUGCGUCCUGCGCCCCUCCGAGCCUGACGCCACGGGUUACGUCGUCAUCGGCAUCAUGUACGGCCUGUGCUUCUUCGUCACGCUGUGUGGCAACUACGUCAGCAGGCUGCGGCGGGUCAUAUGUGCCUGGUACUACCCGUCCCGGGAGCAGGAGAGGAUCUCCUACUUGUACAACGUACUUCUGAGCCGCCGAACCAGUCUGUCGGCUGCCUUGCACCGAGCAGUGAGGCGGCGGGCGGCCGACGUGGGCCACACGAGUGUCCUGCGGAUGCUGGCCAGGCGAUGCUCCUGUCUGGCUCCGGUGGUCGCCCACUUCUGGCAGGAGCAGGGUUACUGCCUGGGCUGUGGGCAGGGCUACGACCAGGAGGACACAGGGACCUUUGUGUCCUGCGCUACCCCUGGCUGCCCGGGUCUCUUCUGCUCCACCUGCUUUCGUCUCCUGGACAACGCCUGCUCCGUGUGUGCAUCUCCCCUGUCCCACCAGGGGGACCUGGACCCCGAGCUGGACUCCAGUGACGAGGAGGGCCCCCGGCGAUGGCUGGCCGCAGCCCGGAGACAGGACCCCGAGCAGGAGUGGUUACUGAGGCAACAGCUGCAGGAAACGCUGGGCAGUACCCUCUCUUCGGGGUCCAGCCCUGAGGUCAGUGACCUGGACGAGGAGAAGGGGCCCCCGCAGAGGACUCAGAGGACAGAGGACACAGAUGCAGGGGCCCCACCGGAGAGGAUUCCCACACCCCCUCAGCCCGAGGGCGCCCAGAGCGGCCCUUCUCCGGCUUCAGAACCCCAGCCCCUCCGUCUCUCACCUCCCUCCCCUCCUGAUGCCUCCUACCUAACUCCCAAAUAAAGGACCGGAAGGCAGA